CGCCCGCCUGUCCCGGCGUGCCGCGCGCCGCGCACGUGACCCCGCCCCCCAACAUUGGCCGGGCAGGAGGGGCUGGGUCGCCGCCGCGGCCUCACCGGACUGCGGACUGCCCCCGGAGCUGCUAGGAGGUUUGAGCUGUGUACGCAGGUGAGCCGGCGGACUGGGGAGGCGAGAGCUGCCGAGGUGCACCGCGCGCGCGGGAAGCGAUCCCGGAGAGCGCGCACCGGCAGGUGGGCUGGGUCAUCCCUGGCACGUGACCUGAAAGGCCUGGUGGGGCGGGGCCUGCGCAGGCCACACCUCCUUCGUGCAUCAGCGGUGAGUGGGCUUGUAAUCAGAUUUCUGCUUCUUGAGGGUCUAGACAGAUGAGGGCCCCGGGGUGGUGUUGGGCACCCCUCAAAUUAGGGGCAAAGUGGGGGAACACCCACCCACUUACUACCAUGGCAAUAAGAUGGGGGCUGGCACGCCUGGGACCCGAGGCCCUAAAGGAGACUGAAGGGUUCGUGGUUCCUGGGGGGACGCCUCAGAUCGGAGCCUGAAACGAUAGCGUCGAGGCAAAUGAGCAACGAGAUGGGCGGGUUCUGGUCCUAGCUCCAUCCCAAAUGGCAGUGAGAGGUCGGCAAGCCCCAGCCUCUCUCUGGGUCCCCAGAUCCUCACUCAUCUCCCUGGGCUUCGAGGGGCCAUCCGUGGUCCAAGGCCUCAUACCCCCGGUCUGCCGCAGAAUGGGCCUUUCCGCCCCAGCCCGGCUGUGGGGGCCCCCAGGGCUGCUCCUGACCAUCGCCCUGCACCUGGCUCUCGUCCUGCGCCCUUCCAAGGCCUCGGCGCUCCGGCACCGGGACUACUGCGUCCUGGGCGCGGGGCCCGCGGGCCUGCAGAUGGCCUACUUCCUGCACCAGGCAGGGAGGGACUAUGUGGUGUUCGAACGCGCCCCGGGGCCCGGCAGCUUCUUCACGCGCUACCCCCGGCACCGCAAGCUCCUCAGCAUCAACAAACGGUACACGGGCAAGGCCAACGCCGAGUUCAACCUCCGCCACGACUGGAACUCGCUGCUCAGUCACGACCCCCGGCUGCUCUUCAGACACUACUCGCUUGCCUACUUCCCCGAUGCCAGCGACAUGGUGCGCUACCUUGGCGACUUCGCAGACAGGCUGGGACUCCACGUGCUGUACAACACAGCCAUUACCCACGUUACUCUGCACAAGGAUCUACAGGCCUGGAAUGGCCAUUACUUCUUACUGACUGACCAGAAGGGCCAGGCCUGCCAGUGCAGCGUCCUUUUUGUAGCCACUGGUUUGUCAGUCCCCAACGAGGUUGACUUCCCUGGCUCCGAAUAUGUGGAGGGUUACGAAUCCGUGUCUGUGGACCCCAAGGACUUUGUGGGUCAGAAUGUACUGAUCCUGGGCCGUGGGAACUCGGCCUUUGAGACAGCAGAGAACAUCUUGGGUGUCACCAACUUUAUCCACAUGCUGAGCCGCUCCCGGGUCCGGCUCUCCUGGGCCACCCACUACGUUGGAGACCUCAGGGCCAUCAACAACGGCCUACUGGACACCUACCAGCUGAAGUCCCUGGACGGGUUGCUCGAGUCUGACCUCACGGAUCUGGCCAUUGUGAAGGACCAUGAGGGUAAGUUCCACGUCACCCUGAAGUUCUUCCUGGAGGAAAACAACCAGAGUGCAGAGGCCAUCCCCCUCCCCCAGGACGACAAUGACAACUUUGCCAUGCGCGUGGCCUACGACCGGGUCAUCCGCUGCCUGGGCUGGAACUUCGACUUCUCCAUUUUCAACAAGUCCCUCAGACUCUCUCCAGGGGGUGAGUUCAGGAAGAAGUACCCGCUGAUCAGAGCUAGCUAUGAGUCCAGGGGAAGCCGGGGUCUCUUUGUCCUGGGUACCGCCAGCCACUCUGUGGAUUACCGGAAAUCUGCCGGGGGCUUCAUCCAUGGAUUCCGAUACACAGUGCGUGCUGUCCAUCGGCUACUGGAACAUCGCCACCACGGCAUCACCUGGCCCUCCACUGAACACUCCAUCACACAGCUGACCAGCGCCAUCCUCCAGCGUGUGAAUGAGGCUUCUGGGCUCUACCAGAUGUUCGGUGUGCUGGCUGAUGUCGUCUUGUUGAAGGAGAACGCCACAGCAUUUGAGUACCUGGAGGAGUUCCCCAUGCAGAUGCUGGCCCAGCUAGAGGCAAUCACAGGAAGGCAGGCCAGACACGGGCUCUUCGUCAUCAACAUGGAGUAUGGCAGAAAUUUCUCUGGACCCGACAAGGACGUCUUCUUUUAUGACCGGUCUGUGGGGCACACAGAAGACGCCUGGCAGUCUAACUUCCUCCAUCCUGUCAUCUACUACUAUAGACACCUCCCCACUGAGCAGGAGGUGACGUUCCGCCCUGCAGAGUGGCCCCUGCCUCGGCCCACAGCCAUCCACCACAUUGUGGAAGAUUUCUUGACAGACUGGACCGCCCCGGUGGGGCACAUUCUACCUCUGAGGCGCUUCCUGGAGAACUGUCUGGACACGGACUUGCGAAGCUUCUAUGCAGAACCUUGUUCUUCCGAAAUGUCAGGGCAGCCGCCUCUUCUUAGACCCUCAGGGAGGGACAAGAUCCAUGGCUACUCAGAGUCCUGCUUCCUGUUUGCCCUAACACGCCAGAAGCUGCCACCCUUUUGCCAGCAGGGGUACCUGAGAAUGCAGGGGCUUGUGGGAACUGAGAGCCUCUGGCGGCAUGGAGUAGAGAGUGGGCUGCUGAGGAACCAUGCCCCUGUGGGUAGCCGCCGGGAGGACAGCAGCCAGCAGCCUGGCAGCCAUGAGCCAGCAGGUCACUCCUUGGCUCCAGGGCCGCAGGUCCAACCUCUCAACAGCAAUAAGGAGGAACUGUGACAGCCAGGCUUCUCCCACCUCGGCCCACAGGUGGCCUCCUCUCCAAAACCCAUGCUCCCACCGAAGUGUGAUUGCCAGAGACAACUCAGAUCAUCCCAGUGUCCACACCAAAGCCACACGGAAGGCACAAGGAGGCUGAAGGGCGGCCAUGCAGUGGUCCCCCUCCUGUUUGGUCCGUGAGUGCCUAGGAGGUGGCGUCUGGAGGGCAUCUGCCAGAUGGGAGCCGCCUUCCACAGGGGACUUGUCUCCAGGUGAACUGUCAUUAAGUGCCAGUUUCGGUUCCGUGCCCAUCAAGUUCCCUGCAGUUCCUGCUCCUGGUCUAGGUGGGCCAGACCCCACCUCCCCGUGGAGGCUUCACACGUGAAUCCUAUCCUCAUCUUCAUAAGUGUUUGUGGCAGGCACUUUAAAACAAAAGCUCGGAUAUCCUCAGCCGUACAGGGCAGGUGAGAUUGUUGCCAAUGGAGACACCAGCUCAGGGAAGGUAGGUGAUGUGUAGACAGUCCCUUUCUGGGGGGCCCUCAAGCCUGUUCCACUCUGCCCACCCCACACGGCCGCUCCCACCACCACCACCUCUGUUCACAACCCAGCGGGGCCAGCACAGCUUAUCGUCACAGACCAGAGGGCGGUCAUCAGGCAGUGGUAGGACAGCUCCCUGCAAAGCCAUCGUACCUAAGCAGGUUUCUUCCUGAGCAGCAGUAGGCAGAGCCAUGCUCCCCCGAAGAGUGCACUCCCCAGCUUACCUCCAGCCCCCGUUUUCUUGUCUUCCCUCUGCUCAGUACCCUUCCCUGCCCCCUGGCCCCCUGAAUGCCUGGCCUCUGGCCUGCCUGAUUACAUUUUGUAAAACUGCCACCAUGCUGUCUUUCUGUGGGAGCUGUUUCAGAAGUGGUUCCCCUGCUGUUUGUACAAAGCCCGGUUCAGGGAGACAUUUAUAAAUGCAUUUGUUUGAUAA